AUGGAGGCAUCAGGAGCUGUUGAGAUCGACAUCGAGACGAUUCCCACAGCUAAGAAGCUCGUCUCCCGAUGCCGUGAGUUCUUUGCCGAAGUUGAUAAUCUCACACCGGGCAAAGCCCUCGAAGAAAAGCUCAACACCGAAUACGGUCCUGGCAGCCCGUACUACGAAGACAUAUGCCAGUAUGUCCGUGAAGGACUGAAGGAAGGCUGGCUUGCAUCAACCGAAAUCGACGGCCCAAACUACCGCCGUAGUAAGAUCUGUUUACCUUCAGCGGAGAACCGCUAUUUCAGUAUCACCUCUGUGUACAUGAAUAGUGAAGACGUCUAUUCGGGACAGUAUCACAUUCAUCCAUACGGAGAGAUCAACUGUGUCGUACAGGUGGACAAGGGAGCUGAAUUGAAGGGUAUGCAAGGCUGGCAGGGUGCUGGUUGGACUUCACCUGGGCCAGGGACGCACCAUUAUCCACAAGUUCGCGGAGGUGCUUUGGUUGCAUUAUUUUUUCUGCCUGCAGGACGAAUUGCGUAUAAUGCUGAACCAGGGAUGCCACAACCUUUGUCUGUAUAG